CAACAGCCAGUCCAUUACUCCCAUCAGAUGCACAAAAAUCCGGAACUUCUUUGCGCAGGUCACCCAAAUAUUGAACUUCCAUCAGCUGAUGUACUGUCCUGCAAUAUAAAAGUAGUGUUUGAGAAGUGCAGUGAACCCAUUGGACAGCUUCUCUGUGAUCACCCUGGACACUUACACUUCACCACAGAUGCUUGGACUUCACCUAACCAUUGUGCCUUUGUAGCAUGGACCGUCCACCUUGAGUAUGAGGGUAAAAUGUUUUCAUUUCUACUCGACAUCAUUGAAGUUGCUAAGGUAUGUUGCAGGCCAUAUCAAAUGCUCCACCAAUCUUUACAUGAUAUAUCUUAG